AUGGACGAUUUAAGUUGGCGCGAUGGCAACGACAACCCGCCAAGGGUUCCUCCACCCUCGCAUGCCGUAAGGAAGAGUUACCAUAGCGACGAUGAUUCCUUCAGCAGCGAAGGUGACUUUAGCGAUGAAGAGGCGGACUAUUCGAUGAAUCGAUCUUCCAACAGUCACAGCAAUACUGCACCGCUAAGCCUUCCAAUGCACCAUGCAAUGCCCGGCCGGCACAAGAAUCACGAGAAUCAAUCGCUCCACACCAACACCACCGUUUCCUCCGACCACAGCAGUAGCGGAGGAUACAGUCGAGGCAAUGACGAAAAAGUCUACCCAGCGCCAGCGCCUUUUCCACGACGACAAGUGAGCCAACGUUCCAUGGCGCUCGGUGCAGUACCGGAGCAGCCCACACCACAGGGGCCUGACGAACUUAUUGGAUUGGCCAGUCGAAGGCAUCAACAGCCGGACCGCCCUCAGGAACCACUCAGAGCCAGCAUUGGUGAAUCCCCCAAGCGCAGACUCAGCAGAGCUGAACUGAGAAAUUUACCCCCGCCGCCUCCUCCUGCAAUGCCGCCACCGCCGAUAUUCGCACAGUCAAGAAGUGAACCAAUGGGAUAUGCUUCGGCGGCAGCAGCCCCUCCGCCCUUGCGUCAAUACCAAAGCGACCUUGUAGACCCCAUGAAAAGUGUUGACCACAAGGGCAAGUUCCGCCACUCUGGAAACAUGGAGCGAGCCCCUCCUCCGCAGCUCAGGUCUACGCCAACGCCACCUCACAUUCACGACAUGCAUGACCAUCAUAUGAAACGGGCCAAACUGCGGGCCAAUGCAGGCAGGUCUUCACAGGGUUCUGGUGGUCCGGAGGAAGCCAGGGUCGGGGCCUUUGCGGCUUCAAAUAAUGUGCCCGAGCUUUCACAGAACAAACCACCCCGAAUGCCUGCUCAUGUGCAGGACUUACAUGAUCAACACAUGAAACGGGCCAAGCUCAGGGCAAGGGCGUCCAGGAGUAAUCCGAAUGACGUCGGCCCAGAGGGUGUGAGAUCGGGUGCCUUUUCGGCUUCGACUGUCUCGGAUGAUCCAUCCAGUCAUUUCGAGGACAUGGUAUCCCGUUACGACGACUCUUCUUCCAGCAUGUCCAUGUCCAUUGGUGGUGGACCUAUCACUGCUGCUUCGUCCAAUAAUCCUCAACGAGGCCUUCGGAAAUCCAGAGCGGAUGCCAAAUCAAAACACCACGGCCCCAGAGCAACCCAUGCAGGAGCGGUGCCGCAUUACCAACACACACCCAUGACUUUGGCGACAGCAACCCUUCAGGACAGUUUCAGCACAUUGGGUGGUCACUCAGCCGGUGCUGCUGGCAUGCCGGCAUUACAUCGAAGUGGCACCACCGAUUCAGGAAUACAGCGAGGACUCCGGCGUUCUCACCAAGAGCUUGAAGCAAAGCGACGUGCUCGAGGCAGUCAUGUGGAGGAAGGUGCAACAAAAAAUUCAACAGCGCCACCAAAGCAAGUGCCAUGGUGGCUUCGGGAUCCGGCAGAUCCACUGGGAGCUAACUCUGGAAACAUGCGGCAAAGUUCUGACGAAGGCAAUGCCGUGCUUGUUGGGUCUCGCGAUCCAUCAGAUUCGUCACUUCUCGAACGUGGAUAUAGUGGCAAUCAGCCCAUGCUCUCCAACCCGGCUCCAAUUGAUAAUUCUGGUCUGGUGGUUGCCAAUCCAGUGGCCGAAGAUGACGAGGCUUAUAACUUCGAGAAUGCUCAUCAGAUUGAUCUGGAAGAGCUCGAAUUGGAAGAAGCUAGGAGAGAGAAAAUGAAGAGAGAGAGUUGCCAAAAGCUCGCAUGCAUGUUCUGCUGUAUCACACUUUUCAUCAUAGUCAUCACCUUGAUCAUCUUGAGUGCAACUGGUUCGUUUUCGAAGGAUCCUCCUGAGAUUAUAGAAGCCACCCCUCCACCAUUCAAGAAUGCAACACGGCCUCCGACCCCUUCACCCACCCAGGCCCCAACACAGUAUUCGGUUGUCCUUCGAGCGGAACUGAAUCUGCCAAAUGCAACACUUGACAAAAUUGACGCCAACAGUGCUUCAGCACAGUACAGUGCUUUUGAUUGGCUAGAAUCGAAUCGAGGGUUGUAUGAUGGUCUGCUGCCGUGGCAGAAGCAGCAGCUCUUUGCUCUGUUAACCUUUUACUUUGAUUUUUCUGGUCCAAAGUGGCCCAAAGUAGUGGGAAAAACUUGGCUGGAGGAGAAGGACGUGUGUAGGUGGUACUCGGCAGAAUAUGGGGCGUUUGAUGAGGACGGGGGCUUCCUUGAGUUUGCAAAGUUGAAUACAAAUAUCCAGCAGGCAACUGCCAGGAACUCUUGCACUUUUGAUGGCCAAUUUCAAGCUUUGGUAAUGGCCCAAUUGCCUCUUGAGGAGGAAGUCCCGCAGAUUCCAGCCGAAAUCUCUCUGUUGACACACUUGUCAGCAUUGUCAUUGCCUCACAAUAAAGUCAACCGUUCGUUGGUCGAUCUGCUGCCCCCUGAGAUCUAUGAGAUGGAGAAAUUGGAUUACAUCAACUUUUGGAACAAUUUCCUGUCGGGUCCAUUGCCUUCAGGGUUUGGGUCAUUGACAAAGCUGGAUACCAUUGGGCUGCGUGACAACCAACUCACGGGCUCCAUUCCUGCUAGCUGGAGCAAAUUGACGGACAUGACGGAUCUGGAUGUGGCAAACAAUAGGUUGACAGAUUCCUUGCCACGUUUCUUUUCAACUCUGGGUUCAAUGACCAAAUUGACAAGCCUGAAUGCCUUCUCGAACUCGUUCGAAGGGCCACUACCACCGGAAAUUGGCCUUCUUACUUCCCUUGAAAAUCUGGAUUUGCGGAGGACUGCUGGUCUGAAUGGCACAAUCCCAUCCGAAAUAGGCCUUCUUACUUCCCUUGGACGUCUCAAUUUAUACAGAAAUGCUGUUUCACUGGUGAAAUUCCAAGUGAAAUUGGUUUGCUUACAGGCCUGGAAAGGCUCUAUUUUACGCAUACUAAAUUUUCUGGCCUUGACGAACCAGACAGCCACAGCUGCAGACAGUGGGGUGAACAUUGGAGGCAAUGCAUUGAGUGGCUCAAUUCCCAAGGAAAUUGGACAACUUGUUGGCUUGCAGUAUCUCUUCCUUGGUGGGAAUACUGGGGUAUCUGGCGGAGGUUUACCAUCAGAGUUUGGCAUGCUCACAUCACUGGUUAAACUUGUUGUUUCUGGGAGCUCUCUUCGUGGCAGUCUCCCGUCUGAACUGGUAUUACUAACUGGCCUGACAGCGCUUGAACUUUCAGAAUGCGCACUCACUGGCGAUAUACCAAGUGAGAUUGCAUUGAUGGCUGGUGUUAAAACACUUGACCUGUCAGCAAAUGCUCUCGUUGGAAGCAUUCCCAGCGAGAUUGGAUUGAUGGAAAACCUUGUGGGGCUGAUGCUCCACAACAAUUCUCUUUCGGGAAGUAUCCCCAAAAACCUGGUAGGAGAAGAUGCCCGUCUAUCACUGGAGAAUAAUCCUCAGUUGUCUGGGGUUGUCCCCGAAACAGUUUGUGCCUUGGGACAGUACAACAGCACUGGAGAUGAUAAAACGGGGUUGUCAUUUGAUUGUGUUGCAGGUGCUUUGUGUGGUUGUGAAUGGUGUCGUUGCGAUAGUUUGUUUUGA